GCCCCCUAGAGGCGCCCCGCCCCUCUUGCGCCUGCGCAGUGAAUAUUGACAGCUUCGAGCGCCUAGGCGGGAGGUGUUUCUGCAUGAGAGAAGAGAGCCACUACAAGUGGAAGUGUCUCAGCAGGCUUUAGGAUGUCUGAAGAUGAAGAAAAGGUGAGGUUACGUCGACUUGAACCAGCUAUCCAGAAAUUCACUAAGAUAGUGAUACCAACAGACCUGGAGAGGUUAAGAAAACACCAGAUAAACAUUGAGAAGUAUCAGCGGUGCAGAAUUUGGGACAAGUUGCAUGAAGAGCACAUCAAUGCAGGGCGCACUGUUCAGCAACUGCGCUCCAAUAUCCGAGAAAUGGAAAAGCUUUGCUUGAAAGCCCACAAGGAUGAUCUGGCUCUUCUGAAGAGGAUGGUCGACCCUGUUAAGGAAGCGGCGGCGGCGGCCACAGCAGAGUUUCUCCAGCUCCAUUUGGAGUCUGUUGAAGAACUCAAGAAACAAUUCAAUGAGGAAGAAGCUUUAUUACAGCCUUCUCUGACCAGAUCCACAACCAUUGGUGGAGCACUCCACACUACAGAGGCCGAAGCUGCUUCUCAGAGUCUGACUCAGAUAUAUGCCUUGCCUGAAAUUCCUCGAGACCAAAAUGCUGCUGAGUCCUGGGAUAACUUAGAAGCGGACUUAAUUGAACUUAGCCAUCUGGUCACUGAUUUCUCCCUCCUAGUGAAUUCUCAGCAGGAGAAGAUUGACAGCAUUGCAGACCAUGUCAACAGUGCUGCUGUGAAUGUUGAAGAGGGAACCAAAAACUUGGGGAAGGGCCUCCUCGCAGGCUUCAAAGUGGCAGGAAUUGCAGCUGCACUUGGUGGUGGGGUGUUGGGCUUCACAGGUGGAAAAUUGAUACAAAGAAGGAAACAGAAAAUGAUGGAGAAGCUCACUUCCAGCUGUCCAGAUCUCCCUAGCCAAGGUGACAAAAAAUGCAGUUAAAGCCCAAGCUUCCAACUGGUGCCAAUGCAUCCAUCCUAAGGAGCGAGCACCUUGCUGCUGUUGGAUGCUCAGCUGUUGGAACAGUGUCAGGAAGAGGCUCUCCAUGUCCAUGUAAUGUUGAACCACCAGUACUGGAUGUGUCUGUUUGCUGGCUGUUAUGGAGAUGUUAGGAGGGGGAGGAUCCUGGGCUGAGAGUGUGUGAUGUCUGUCAAGUCCAGUUUAAAGACUGCCAAAGAGCAAAUGUUCUGCCUGGAAAUGUGAAAACUGAACCUAUAAGUCUAAAGAUGUAAGAUGAGUAGAAAUGCAUCGGGCACAUGAGGGUCUAUGUAUUUGUAGAUGAUUUCCUCCUAUAGAGAUGGACAGAAGGUGAGCUGAGGAGUCUUCUGUCUGGUAGGGAUGUUGUCACCUAACAAGGGGCACAGGUGAGCUACUUCUGUACUUGGGGGCUGGUUGUACUUGGACCAUCUAUAUUUUCUGGUGAAGGAAACCAAUACUAUAAAGUGGAAAGAGAAGGCCACUUUCUCUUUACAGCCUCUUCAUUGUGACAUGAGUCUUUUCUGAAGUCUCCCCUGCCUCUCUACUAAGGAGCACAAAAUCUAUGUGCUGGAGCUACUAGCCCAGAUGCCAAGCCCACUUGAAGCUGGUAAUUCUGAAGGCUCUGCUUCUAGGGGGCAUUCUACCCGUGUUGUGAGGAUUUUUCUCAUAAUCUGCCCUUUUGUAUCAUUUUCCAUCUCUAGUUGUCCCAAACCUGUCAUCUCUUAAGUUAAAAAAAAGAAAAUUUAAAUAUUUCAACAUUUUUGGGCCAAAUGGAGUACAAGAUCAUAUCAUGGGGCACUUUAGGGGCUGACAUACCUGCCUCAAAGGGUCUGGGCCCCUCCGUCUUCUUGGGGAGUUGAGAAGAAGCUUUCUACCUCACUUCUGUUACUGCUGCCCUUUCCUAGGCUGUCUCCUGUCCUUCAGUUUCACUGCCGCUGUCCCUCACAGUGUUCACACUUAACUUCUCUCAUGUUCUAGAUGGCCAAGGACAAGAUUCAGACCCGAUGAAAGAUCUGUGGUGUUAACCCAAUAGUUGACAUGGACAGCAGGCAUGGUCCAGUCCAGCUCCAUGUCUGCCUCAAACAAAAAGAUUUGUAACUUAGAGAAAAGGAAUUUAAGAUGUCAGGCAGCCUUACUCUGCAUCCUUACACAUUUGAACCACCAUGUGGUUGCUGAGAAUUGAACUCAGGAUAUUUGGAAGAGCAGCCAGUGCUCUUAACCUAUGAGUCAUCAUUCCAGCCCAUUCUAACACGUUUGAAAUAAGAAGAAGCCACUGGUGGCCUCAUUCUUUCUGAGGAGAAAGCACGGUCAACCAGAGUGUGGGUUCAAGGAUGGAAAGGUUUAUGAUUUAGCUUCUUUUAAGAGCUGUGUUGAUGUUUGACCUCUACUGAUCACUUAACACCACUCCCUUCCCCCUGCCUCCCCCAUGUCACAAGACCCUUCCUUCCAUGCUUUGAGUCUUACUGAUGCAUUCCUAUGAAACAAAGCACUACAUCGUAUUAAACUAUUGGGAAGUAUCAAGUUUUUGUUAUCUGCUGACUUUAGACAUUAAUACCCCCCCGAAAAAAGGUACUUUUAGUAAGUGUUGGAUUCUGAAUCAUUGUCUGACACUGGAAAUCAAGUAUUUGGAGUAUUACUUUUAACUUCAUCCUUUGCUCUGUUUCUUGAUGUUCAAGUUGGGUAUGUCAAACCUGAGCAGGAGGCAGAACUCAUCCAGAUUCUUUUUUAAUUUUGUUUUGUUUUUCAAGAUGGUUUCUCCUAUGUAGCCCUGGCUGUCCUGGAACUCACUCUGUAGACCAGGUCGGCCUUGAACUCAGAGUCCACCUGCCUCUGCCUUGGAGCACUGGGAUCAAAGAUGUGUGCCACCACCACCUGACUAAAACAAGAUUCUUGAACCUCCAUCAUGGGUAAUUCUGAUACAGCCAGUCCAGCCUGCUUGGCUGGAAUUAUAAGAAUAGGCAAUGUUGUUUGAUUGUUUAAUCUGUGUUCUACUUCAUCUUCCUCAUUGCUUAGUUCUCAUUCUGCCAAUCCCAAAAAGGCCACUAAUUCAGUGUGCCAUAAUAGCCACAGCCCAAAGGAUUUAAAAGAACUGCUAUGAAGCUUGUAUUCGAAAUUCACAUCUUCUGGAUUUUGCAUUUUUACUGAGCCACUGUGGGAACUGUUGACAUGCUCAUGAACUGUCAGUAUUGGGUUUUUGACUUUACCCAUCUAAAUGCUUAAGGAAGUUAGUGUUCUUUAAAAUUUUAUGCUUUAAAGUUACUUAGAAAGGGUACCUCAUUUCCCCACAAUAGAAGCAAAUAGCCAACUUUUGUGGAAAUUGCUUGGAGGUGUUUAAUCAACUAUAAAUGAUAUAAAGUACUUAAAAGUAUAAAUUUUUAGUCAAUAUGACACAGAAGUGAUCUUAAAAUUGAACUUAAUAUGCCCCAUAGUGUCAAGUUAAAUUUAUCUUCUCUAUGAUUCAUGUAUUAUUUUUAUUUCAACCAGUUAAAAAGGACCACUUUAAUUAAGGUCAUAAAAUUUGUAGAGAUUCAUUUCAGUAAUGGCAGGACUUUUUUUUAUUUUUAUUAGUUCAAAUUAGGAGCAAGCUUGCUUCAGAUGUCAAUCCCUUCUCCCUCUCCUUCUCCUCCCCCCCAACAUCCCACCUGUCCCUAGCCAUCCCCCCUCCACUCCCCAGGCAGGGUAAGGCCCACAAAAGGGGCUCCCCAAAGUUCCCAAAGAUUUUUUUAUGUUAAAGUCUGAGAACUUCUCUGAAAAUUUGGUAUAACCCACAGUGAAACAUGUAUUAAAAUUGAAUAUAUAUGAUAAAUGUUUAUCAUUAUGUGAUUAUGUGUAAUAAAUUUUGAUGUUUUGUUUUCAACAUACUAAUUUCAACCACUCUCAGUCUACAAAUAGAUUGCCACCCUCAGUUUUCAGAAAAUACCUUUUCCUAGAGAAGAACUGGUGCUUCCCAAGCAAUUAGCUAGGCAUUUAUGGAGAGGGUAACUGGGCCUCAGAGGAAUUAAGUGAUAUGCAGAGUCAUUCAAUUCCAAAGGAGGAAGUGGAGAUGGGACUGAGUAUGUUGGUGCUCAUUCUCUCUCAGAUAUGCUGUGCUGCCUCUCCCGAAGCCUGAGACAGACUGUAAGGCCAGCUUCGAACAACCCAUACUGUUCAUUUCCUUCUUUUCUUCUGCUACCUCAUCAGUAUCCACAGCCUGCUCUUAAUUUUGGCCAUGGCAGAACACAGCACUGCACAGUUCCUCAAGUAUAAAAUGAAGAGCACCACUCUUCUGCCCCACCCUCUACACAUUGGUUUAUAUCAUAGGUUGUGAUCAUUGUUUAAAGUGUUUUAUAAAAUUAAAGAUAAACAGUAGUACCUCUAAAAACAGAUCUCUCAUAGCUUUUAAAAUCAAUUAAACAUUACCCUUUAAAUGAUGCUUCUUGGAAGACAUGCACACAUGGUCCUGUGCUGGUAACACUUAGGCUAUUUCUGAAUGUCUGCUUUUGGGUUUGCCACCAAAGAAUAGCACAUCAAAUAAAAAAAGCCACAGGCUGUUUUCCCAUACCUUUGUGACCCUGCUGUCUUCCCAUCUCAAAUUUGUGUCUUUUGUUGCCUUAAUUGUCCUACCUCACACACAGAAGCCAGGGACCUAACAUGCCUAGAAAGUGAGCAUGCUGAAGCUGCCUAGAAGUGGCCAUACUUCCGGAGCAAGGACUAGGGUUGGUUACUAUGAAACUUCUGCAUGGCCACAAAUGUCCUUUUGCCUGUCUGCCUCUCAUGUUCUAUUUCCUGCAGCAUGAGAACAGGGUGCUGAUAACACCUACUGUUCACACGAAGUUUUGAGACUGAACUACAGAUACUGAACACACAGCAUUUCCUUUCAAUAAAGCCCAGAAGCCAAACCACCCUUUGAGUUGUUAGUAAGCAAAGGCAUUUCUGAGAAUAGCCCCCAGAAACCCUUCACUGAUAGAUAGCACAUGGACUCUGGGAAAGCCUGGGCCAAGGUCAUCCUUGCCCAUGCAAUGCUUUCUCGACAGACUAGAGUGUGGCUGUGCUGCUCAAGUGCUUACAGGUAUCUGAUGACAUUCCCAAGUAGUUGGAGGUUUGUCGGGGCAAGGGUGCUUCCUUUCUGAUCCAGUCAUAAAACAGUCAGAUUGUUUGUGUGCGGAGUUUUGUUGUUUUUGUUUUCUGAAGUAAGGUUUUACUGGUAGCCCAGGCUGGCUUUGAAUUUGCAGUCCUUCCCCUGCCAUCACCCAAGCGCUGGAAUUGUAAGCAUUCAACUCUGUUUUACAACUGUUAUUAACUCUUGUGUUUCUAGAAAAUGGUUCUAUUUGGGUUCAUCAGUUUGACACCCUUUCACUAAAAAACUUAUUGAGUGUUCUAAUAGUAAAAGAGUUAUGUAUCCACAUUACUACCUUCAAAAAAAUUAGUUUGUGACAAAAAUACAUCUGUGCAAUAUUAACCAAAUAUGUUGAAAUAAAAACAUAAGAAGUGCUAAAGGCAAAUGACUUGCUCAAGAUCACAAAAGCUACUUUGUGUAAGAUCUGGAGUGUGGGGGAAAUCCUUCGUGUGUUACUAAGUUUUUGCUGUGCCAUGUCAAGUUACCUGCUGAAGAUUGGGUCUCAGUACAAUUUCAGUGGUUCGAAUCAGGCAAAAUGGAAAGGAAUGUUAUUAGGGGAAAUUAGAUACAAUUCCUUAACCUUCCAAACUGUCAGUCUCACCACUUGUGCCUUUGUAGCCAAAGCACAAGGAUCCCACUUUAACAGCAAGAGGAAUUCCAUCAGCUCCUAUCAGCUCCUUGCACAAUUUGCUUGAGCAAGACAUUCAGUAGUUUGCUUUUUGCACACAUUUCUCAUUUGUUUGAGAUUUCCCUCUUAAUGUUAAUUACUAAAUUGUGUUACUUAGGUUUCAUUAACUAAACCCCGUAAAGGAGUUUUCCCCAUUAUUGAACUAUAGGUGUUGGCAAGGUAAGGACAAGGAAAGGCAAGAAUUUCUGCAAAAUUAAGUUCUUCCUAAAUUGACUUGUCAUUUAUUAUAUUGCUGAAUGGUGCUUGAUUAAGGAUAUAUGCAAUAAAAUUCACCCAUUUAACAAACA